AUGGUGAGCGGAGAGGCCAGCGGAAAGAAGCGGAAGGCCUCCGCCGCCGAGGACACCACGUCGCCGGCGGCGAGGCGGGAGCCGCGGCGAGGGCUGGGCGUGGCGGAGCUGGAGCGGAUCAGGGUGGCGCUCGAGAUGGCCGAGCGCUGCUACGCCGCCGCGUCGUCCCUGUCGUCGGCGCCUCAGCAUCACCCGCCGCCGGCGCUGCCUCUGGUCGUGCAUGCGGCCGGCGUGGCAGCGGCGCCGGCACAGAACCAACACAGCUCAUCAACGGCGAGCCAGCGGCAGGGUCCUCGGCGAGCGCAUGCCAAGCCUGGCCAGGCGACGCCGCUGGCGCUGCCCCAAGUCGCAUUCCUGGACCUCGUCGAUUCAGACGACGACACUGCCGGCGGCGACGUCGAGGAGCUGGACUUAGAGCUCAAACUAUAG